UGAGCCCCGGAAGCGCGGAGAAAUCCCUUAUAAAAAAGUACAGAAGACAUUUCCCAAGCCAUAACUGCUAAAGCUCUAGAGGCUGAAGCUUAGGAGGGACCGCAGCUGCAAUAGCAGCAGCAGCAGCAGCCGCCCAGGACAGAGUAGCUCCGACGGCUGCUGUCCCAGGCUCCUAAAGGGGAGAGAGCGGCGCUUAAGAGGAAGUAGAGAGAAAAGAUUAAAGAUCUUGGGCACCCAGAAACCCACACUCUGCCAGCCAGACAGAGAACGAAGGGCACAGAAAGAACGAAAGAAGUUAAUUAGCCAGAAUUCAGGAAGAGAACCUCCUUUGCCCACCUCUGCACCUCCAACUACCCACGGCUCCUUCUCACUUUGUCCUAGGAUUUCUCUCCUUGACGGUUGUGUUCACUCAUUGAGCUCUUCAGAGCAGGAGGCUGCGACUGAGCCCAGGACAGAACCUGGCAUUUACUUGGCAUUUCGCAACGGAGGGAAAACGGCUUUUUACCAUGGCUGAUGACGAAAGUGCCAAAAUCACCCGCAUCUGUACUGGUAGUGGCAGUGACUGGUGCGGUUGCAGCUGUAGCAACAGCAACUUCGGUGGGAAUAACUGCUGUGUUAGCUGCUGUGAGAACCCCACCAUGCAUUGUAACGUCCUGAGCUGGGAGCAAGUGCAGCGACUCGACGACAUCUUGAGUGAGACUAUCCCCAUCCAUGGUCGGGGUAACUUUCCCACCCUGGAGAUGCAGCCGCGUCAGAUAGUGAAAGUAGUGAGGAGCCGCCUGGAGGAGAAACGCAUUGGGGUCCGGGACGUGCGGUUAAACGGCUCUGCCGCUAGCCACGUCCUGCACCAAGACAGUGGCCUGGGCUACAAGGACCUGGACCUCAUUUUCUGCGCGGAUCUCCAAGGGGAAGAGGAGUUUCAGACUGUCAAGGACGUGGUUCUGGACUGCCUUUUGGAUUUCUUACCAGAAGGAGUAAAUAAGGAAAAGAUUACGCCGCUGACUCUUAAGGAAGCUUAUGUGCAGAAAAUGGUAAAAGUAUGCAAUGACUCAGACCGAUGGAGUCUCAUCUCCCUGUCAAACAACAGUGGCAAAAAUGUGGAACUGAAAUUUGUGGAUUCCCUGCGGCGCCAGUUUGAGUUCAGUGUAGACUCUUUCCAAAUCAAGUUAGACUCUCUCCUCCUCUUUUAUGAAUGCUCAGAGAAUCCAAUGACUGAAACUUUUCACCCCACUAUAAUUGGGGAGAGUGUCUAUGGGGAUUUCCAAGAAGCUUUUGAUCACCUUUGCAACAAGGUCAUUGCUACCAGAAAUCCGGAAGAAAUCAGAGGAGGAGGGCUUCUUAAAUACUGUAAUCUUUUGGUUAGGGGAUUUAGGGCUGCUUCUGAAGCCGAAAUUAAGUCCCUCCAGAGGUAUAUGUGUUCCAGAUUUUUCAUCGACUUCUCAGAUAUUGGUGAACAGCAGAGAAAAUUGGAAUCCUACUUGCAGAAUCACUUUGUGGGAUUGGAAGACCGCAAGUAUGACUAUCUCAUGACCCUUCACGGUGUGGUGAAUGAAAGUACCGUGUGUUUGAUGGGACAUGAGAGAAGACAGACUUUGAAUCUCAUUACCAUGCUGGCUAUCCGUGUGCUGGCUGAGCAAAAUAUUAUUCCCAAUGUGGCCAAUGUCACCUGUUACUACCAGCCAGCUCCUUAUGUAGCAGAUGCUAACUUUAGCAAUUACUAUAUUGCUCAGGUUCAACCAGUGUUCACCUGCCAGCAGCAUACAUACUCAACCUGGUUGCCCUGCAAUUAAGGACCAUUUGAAAAAUGUCCAGUGGGAAAAGUUUUCCUAAGAAUUUUUUUUUUUUUUAAGAGUGACCCUGUCUGUAGAAUGGGGUGUGUUUUGUGCAAUGAUGAUCUGCUCCAGUGUUCAAGCUUGAUAAAGCUUGUUGGUAUUUUAAUAGACAUGGGAGCAUGAUCUAGAAAUGAACCAAAACAAAACAAAACAAAAAAAAAGAAAAAAAAAAAGAAAAAAAAAUUGGAUUCUACCCUGGAGCACACGAGGCCUGUCAUUAAAAGCAACCGGCUUCUCCUGAAUUAAAAAAGGGAAGGAGUGCUUGAUGACAAUAUGGGUUUGCAGUAUCUGCUCCCAUAGCUUUGGCAUAGACAAAGUUGGAAAGCUUUUUCUAGAAUGGUAUUUGAAAAUGGGAGAAUGUGAAAAAAAAACUUACCCAAUUUGCUACUAUAUAUUUUGGAGUUUAAUUUAACAAUGUAGAGGUAUAAUACAGAAAAAAAACUGAUCUCAAGUAUAUUGGAAUGUCUUUGGAGCUUGCAAACAAGAUGUUGUCUGUGGAAUGAUCCCAUAGAAUGUAUUGCUAGUUUGAAUAGAAUGCUCUAACUGAACAGUUUUCUCCAAAUGAACAGUAGUAGAUUGGUGUUAUCAUGAAAAACGGCAGACCUUACAAUGAUACAAUUCAUUAUUUCCAGCUGAGUGCAUAGUUCAUGUUUUAAAAAUAUGAAAAUGCAAACAAAAACAGCUGUAUCAAAGAAAGUAUGCUCAAGGACCAAAGAAUUCCCAGACAAAAUACCCAAGUAGAGAAAGGGUAGCAUAAUAUUAAAAAAUAUAUAUUUGUAUACACCAAUAUGAAUCAAAGUGCCUGUUGCCUUCAGAAAAUUUGAAGUAAAACAACACCAUUUUGUGGUUUAACCAUGUAUUUUGUUUUAUCAGGGACACAAGAAGAAAACAACCCAACAUAAGCUUGUGAAUUAAUGGUGGAGGAAAUGCCCUAUUUUUCUUGGCAAAUACUUGUAUAAAGUUAAUGUUAUUGUCAGUGUGAUGUUAUAGUUGUGGUGUGUAUGUGUGUAUAUUAUGUGUGUAUAUAUGUGUAUGUGAUAUAUGUAUAUAUACACACAAUACAUUGAAUAUGGUCUAGGACAAUGUAGCAAUUAGGGAGUUUUAAAUAAAGUAUUGUGUAUUUUCCAGUUUCCAGCAGGAUAUCAUGAGACUUGAGCACAUUGCAGUAAUGAAUUUAUAACAUAUCCUAAAUUUCUGAAGUAAAUAACUCAUUUGGAAGACGGUAAACAAUAUGAUAGCAAGAACAGAGAAGACAUGAUUUAGUGAUAUCUCUGAGCCAGUCUGCCACAAGUAGAAUAUUUGAUUAAUGGUUCCCUCUUAAUGUUGUAUACUAGACUGUCAUUUUGACAGUUCCCAACCCACAAUUUCUUCUUGACUGAAUACCUCUGCAAUGUAUAAAUCAGUGAAAUGUGGAUCAAAGAUAGGCUGUUUAAUCCCUGACUGCUAAAAGGAGAUUGUCUUAGUUGGUGAUUGGAACAUUACUUGUUUAAUAGUUAAAUUAAUAUUUUUACAGAAUGCACUCUGCAUUCCAGGACCACUAGAAUUUAGUAAAUGUGAAAUGACCCUUUUGAGAGUGUUGCACAAUGGCUUAAAUUUAUAUUUGAAAUAUAUAGAUAUAUAUAAUAUAAAAUUUAUAAAUUCAUGCAAACAUGAAACAUCUCUAAUCUGGGUGUCACACUGCAUUUAAAUGUUCAGUACUGUACUUUAAAUUAAAUAACUUUGCAUUAAAACAAUUCACUUUUAUUUCCUCUUUCCUAAGAGACCAAUUAGUUCUACAUUUGUAAAAAGAUCAUGUAUUAUAAUUUCAGCUUAAAAGAUACUUUCCUCCCUCUCUUUGAAUGCCACCAAAUUUUGGUCUCUUUAAUGAAAUAAUUAAAAGCAAAUAUAUAAUACAUUAAAAAUAUUUUUAAAAUAACCAUCAAAGAACAAAACAAACUCAAACCCUAGAGAAAAAAACAUUUACUAUGGCAUUUCAUACUAAAAGUUGACUAGAGCAGCAGUUUUAGCAUUAAGGAAAAUUAAAGGGGAUCAAGGAAGAAUCCGUCAUCCUGUUGGCAGUGUAUUUUAAUGGUUUUGAUUUGCUUUCUUGAAGUUAAGACAUAUAUGACUGGGUACAUUUAUUUUUACUGCCUUUUGUACUCCUUUCUUUGAAGUUGUAACAGGAAUCCGGUUUGUUUACUAUAGCGCCUUCCCUGUGAUUUCUGCAGGAACCAUAAAGCUAUUGCACUGCCAUUCACUGUGUUUACUAGGGAGCCUCUUCUUACUUGCUCCCAACUUGGUUCCCAUCUUGUCUUUUUCCCUUCUCUUUCUACCCAUGUCUUCAAAUUAAUAGUGAAGAGACAAAGUUUGUUUCCCAGGGCUCAUUCAUUCUUCCAUCUCCAGAUCAAACCCAAGACUCACUUGUCAGAAAUCUGCUCACAUUAACCCUUGGGAGGAUUUUCUAGGAUAAAAUCCUGGGAAGCCAGGGGAAAUAGGAGCAGCUGGUGAUUUGGGACAUCCCUUCUUAGCACAACUAUUUGCAAAUGAGUCAUUCACUAUUUUAAAAUAUUUGGGGGUUUCGAAGAGAUUCUCUGUGUGGCAGCCACAAAUAGGCUGUUAAUUUAUGACAUAGUCGAUUUGUCUGGAGGAGCCUGAUCUUAAAGUGUGUAUAUAUAUAUAUUUUUUCCUUUCACUUUUGUGUACUGCUUGAUAAAAUGUUGGUUGCAUAGUUUUAAAUGACAGUGUUUUGGCUUCAGGUCCUUUAGGCUGUACUUCAGACAACCUUCAGUCUUUGCAUUUUGAAUGAUAUAAUUUAUUUCUGUUGUGUAUAUACUAUAUUCCUAUGCAUAUGUAUCUGAACAAAUGGUGGAAUGUAUGUAUGUUUUUUCCCCUUUAUGUAAUUUGCUGCAAAUGACUUUGGAUAUCCGGCUUCAGAAAGAGAACACCCCAAGCAUACCAGAACUUAAUAGGAUCGUUGUCAAUCUGGAACUCCAAGGGACCUCAGAGUCUAUCUAGUUCAUCCUUUUCAGGUUAUAGCUGAGGGAAUUGAGGUCCUUGACACACAGGAUUUUGAACUCGGGUUCUCUGACAUCAGAGCCUUUCCACUUAGAGUUGCUGGAUCAUGCUUGUGACUUAUUCUCUUUUGCUUUAAAUGAUUUAGUCUGCCGAAGAGAUUAAUCUUCUGGAGUGUCUCUUCAGUGGGAUUGGAUAAUAAGGAAAAAAAUGAACAUAAGAGACCAUUUCCUGUUGAAAGUUUAUUUUAUUGGUAAUAAACUCAGCUGCCUCAAGGAUUUUACACAGAGGUUACAUAGAUAUUUGUAUAUGAAGAGAUUUUUUUUUUUCUCAUAAAAUUGAGAUUUAGUACCUGAAAGUUUCAGUUAGAUGAACUAUUUUAAUGUUGCCCUUAAAUGUAAUAGUUGAAGAUUUUUGCCAUUUUCAAUUAAGCAUGGCACAUUUAGAGAACAUCAUACAAUUUCUACCAGCCUUUUUUGUUAGGUUAUAUUGUUUGUUGCUUUACGAUGCAUCAAUUCCUUUAAAUACAUAAUUUGUAAUGACUAUUGUGGAAUAUUUUGUAAAUGAAAUGUAUUCUGUUGAGAGCUCUCAGCAGCUCAAAAAUAAGCUUUUUUUUUGUUUGUUUUUGGAGAUGAAGUGUGUGGGAUGAAACCAAAAGGAAAAAAAAAAGAAAGUGUAAUUCCAUAUCCAGCACCUAUUUCAUUAUACUCUUUUGAUAAGGUUUCUUUUGAGUGCAUCCCUUUCAGGGUGAAGGAAGGAAAUCUUUGUAUUGUUUUGCUAUUGUAAUAAUGGCUUGCUAACAAAGU